AUGAGUGGCCUCAGCUUUCGUUACCACGUGGGCAGGGAGGAACUGUCACCGGCGUCGAGCAUAAAUGGCUGCAGCACGGAUGGCGAUGCACGAAGACAGAAGAAAGGUCCGGCGCCGCGGCAGCAGGAGGAGCUGUGCCUCGUCUGUGGUGACAGAGCCUCUGGGUAUCAUUACAAUGCACUCACGUGCGAAGGCUGUAAAGGCUUUUUCCGACGGAGUGUUACCAAAAAUGCAGUUUACAUUUGCAAGUUUGGUCACGCCUGUGAAAUGGAUAUGUACAUGCGAAGAAAAUGCCAAGAAUGCCGAUUAAAGAAGUGCCUAGCGGUGGGCAUGAGGCCCGAGUGUGUGGUCCCGGAGCCCCAAUGCGCAUUGAAAAGAAAGGAAAAGAAAGCACAGAGAGAAAAGGACAAAUUACCAGUUAGCACAACCACAGUAGAUGAUCACAUGCCACCCAUUAUGCAGUGUGAUCCUCCUCCGCCUGAUGCAGCCAGGAUCCUGGAAUGUUUGCAGCACGAAGUGGUCCCGCGGUUCCUAUCUGAGAAACUCCUGGAACAGAACAGGUUGAAGAAUAUUCCGCCUCUUUCGCCCAACCAGCAGUUCUUGAUCGCCAGGCUCGUCUGGUACCAAGAUGGGUACGAGCAGCCUUCGGAGGAGGAUCUCAAAAGAGUCACACAGACUUGGCAACACGGCGAGGAGGACGACGGAGACACAGACUUGGCCUUCCGUCAGAUCACAGAGAUGACCAUUCUGACGGUGCAGCUCAUAGUGGAGUUCGCCAAAGGUCUACCCGGCUUCGGGAAAAUCUCGCAACCAGAUCAAAUCACUCUGCUAAAGGCGUGUUCGAGUGAAGUGAUGAUGCUGCGCGUCGCUCGGCGGUAUGACGCCAGCACGGACAGCAUUUUGUUCGCGAACAACGAGGCAUACACUCGCGACAACUAUCGCAAAGCGGGCAUGAGCUACGUCAUAGAGGAUCUGCUGCACUUCUGUCGCUGCAUGUACGCCCUGUCGCUGGACAACGUGCACUACGCGCUGCUCACGGCCGUCAUCAUAUUCUCGGAUCGGCCGGGGCUCGAACAGCCCAACCUGGUGGAGGAGAUCCAGAGGUACUACCUGACCACUCUGCGGAUGUACAUCGUCAACCAGCUCAGCGCGUCUUCGCGCUGCUCCGUGCUGUUCGGAAAAAUCCUGUCCAUUCUUUCGGAAGUGCGCACGUUGGGCAUGCAGAAUUCCAACAUGUGCAUAUCCUUGAAGCUGAAGAAUCGGAAGCUGCCUCCCUUCCUGGAGGAGAUCUGGGACGUGGCGGACGUGACGUCGCAGCCUCCGGCGCUGCUGGACAACGCGACCGAGCUCUAG